AUGCAGUGGCAAGUUUCAUACGACGGAAAGCUCCUGCUCUGUCCUAAAGAGCAAUUUCGACGUGUCCUUGACAUCGGCACCGGCACCGGCUUCUGGGCUAUGGACUUUGCUAAUGAGCAUCCGGAAGCGGAUGUGAUCGGCCUGGAUAUCUCACGAGGUAUCCUUCCCAUCUAUAUGCCUCCAAACUACGAGUUUCAGAUCGAUGAUGUUAAAGAGCAGUGGACCUGGAGUCAAAAGUUUGACUUUAUCCACGGUCGUAUGCUGGGCGGAUAUUUCAGAGACUUUCCUGGCGGGUGGUUAGAGGUCAAGGAUAUCAACCUAAUGCCCCGAUGCGAUGACGGGACCCUUCCGCGUGACUCGAACUUGUUCGCCUGGGCACACGAGCUUGCCGAAGCUGCUGGCAGGAUGGGGCCGGGUUUUACGAAUGUCGAGGUUGUCAAACAUAAGUGGCCUAUGAACCAAUGGGCGAAAGACGUCAAGCAGAACGAGCUCGGCCGGUUGUCUCAAUCUUUCUUUGCCGAUGAACUUGAGACUAUCUCUGGGGCUUUGCUCGUACACGGCCUGAAUCUGAGUCACGAAGAGGUCGCGGUUCGAUGUACCUUGGUCCGCCGAGAGUUCAACGACCCCCAGAUCCAUGCGUACUUUCCUGUCUUUACAGCUUUUGGGAUGAAGCCUCAGAGAUAA